AUGAAACGCUCAACUCCAGGAAAUGACAUGUACGCUAGAUCAGCCUCUCCUGACCUCAGAGAAAUCAAACGAAAUUUGAAUCUUGCAACGGACACAAGGCAUCGUCAAUGCAAAUCUGCAGACUAUCAAUCUACAACAACGCAAAAGAAGAGUCUUGCUGAAGCAAACAAAAAGAAUCAUGAUUUCUGCGAUGCGUGUGGCGGUGCUGGACAAUUUCUGUGCUGCGAUGCCUGCCCAAAUGCAUUUCAUUUAACGUGUGUGGAACCCCCAAUGGAUACAGAAGAUUUGGAUAAGCUUAGCGAUAAUUGGUAUUGUAACGAGUGCGAGCACAAGAGAUUGGGAUCAAAAAAGUCAAAGCUCAAGAAAUCCAAAUCAAAGUGCACGGGUAUGUUUCGUGAGCUGGUCGAGGACAUAGAAAAGAGAAAUCCGUUGGAAUACAGAUUGCCAAGUGAUAUCAUCAACUUUUUUGAGCAUGUUGCAGCAGAUAAAGAGGGCGACUACAUUGACACUUCUAUGACGAAGCGUGUUCGAUACAAACAUGGCCAGCCAGAGCAACCGGAUUACUACGCAUUAAAGGACAAAAAUGGGGAUUUCCUCGUGUGCUAUCACUGUCGAAAAACAGCGUUAAAGAAACCAAUGAUUCAUUGCGACUUUUGCCCACUGUAUUGGCAUCUUGAUUGCUUGAAUCCUCCCAUGGCGUCUCCACCCAAUCCAGCAAAGAAAUGGCGCUGUCCCAACCAUAUUGAACACAUCAUAAAACCUGCACGACGACAAAAGAAUCCUACAGUGAUUAAUAGUCAGCUACCGUCCAGCGCGUAUCACAACUACAUUUCCAACGUGAUUGAUGAUGGUCCAAAGGCGAAACCAACAACGAAAACAAAGCAGGAUGAAACAAUGGAAGUGGAUCAAGACGAAAGCGCCUCUGAGAGAUUUGUCAUGGAUUUUGCGAAAUAUACCAAAAAGGCGAUAGAAGAAGCCAGAAAGAGAAAGAACAACGCUGUUGAACACCGAAGACAAUCCAUACCAUCAUCCACACUCACCUCUUCAUCAAGUGAAGUAAGUACACCGCCAACAGCGUUUACUUCACCCAUUACAUCUCAUAAACCAAUGUCUCAUCUUUUUCAUGACGAUAAGAGCGAAAUUGAUGAUUGGCUUGAAAAUAUGGCUUUUUUCCAAGCAGGAGGAGGAGGAGGAGGAGGAGGAGGAGGAGGAGGAGCAAAUGCUUUAUCUCAUCCGAGUAUCCCAAAAGAUGCCACUUGCACCAACCCACCAGCAGCACUACACAACGACACACUUCGAGCUCUCAUAGAAACAGCGACAAAGCCAUUACCAUCCACAUCCGCAACCGAAAACAACAAACGAAAAAAGAUCGACUCUGAAAAGUAUAAACUCUAUGUACAAAUUGAUAAGCUUUUACAGCAGAAAAGCCCUGAAGAAUUAUACACACUUUUAUCAAAAAACUGCUAA